CUCGUGUUUUAUUCGGCUUGUAGCCAUGGCUCGGUUCGCUGCCUUACUGCUUUUACCUGUUCUCAUUGAAUCGGUAUUUUCUAUUUCUUUCUUUCUACCUGUAAAUUCAAGAAAAUGUCUACGGGAAGAGAUUCACAAAGACGUGCUCGUCACGGGGGAGUAUGAUAUCAACGACGAGCCCAACACUAAAACCAACCUGAAGAUCACAGACUCAUCGGGACACAUCCUCUACUCGAAGGAAGAUGCAACGAAAGGGAAGUUUGCCUUCACGACAGAGGAUUAUGACAUGUUUGAAGUGUGCUUUGAGAGCAAGUCACCAAUGGGAACUGGGAGAGUCCCCGACCAGCUGGUUAAUCUGGACAUGAAGCACGGCGUAGAGGCCAAGAACUACGAGGAGAUCGCCAAGGUGGAGAAGCUGAAACCCCUGGAGGUGGAGCUAAGGCGGCUGGAGGACCUAUCGGAGUCCAUCGUCAACGACUUUGCCUACAUGAAGAGGAGAGAGGAGGAGAUGAGGGAUACCAACGAGUCCACCAACACACGUGUCCUGUACUUCAGCAUCUUCUCUAUGUGCUGUCUGAUCGGCUUGGCCACCUGGCAGGUCUUCUACCUGCGACGUUUCUUCAAGGCAAAGAAGCUCAUCGAGUAGAGAGGCAUCACCACUCCGCCCAGGGAGAGCAGCCAAAUGCUCCCGAUCAAUCUCCACCAUCUUCGGACUAACGUCAUCAAAACUAGCGCUGUGACUGGAGGAGAUGGAGACCCGCGUACUGUCGAGAGACAAAAAAAGAAGGAAUAAAUCCAAAACCUGAGGCAAAA